UUCGUUGAACAUCCAAUUUUCGAAUUUUAUAAUUAUACGAUGACUAUUUUGUCCACCACAAAGGUCAAAUACUAAUUAAGAUCAGAAAACGAAUCUCUCGCUCCCAGUGCCGUGAUUUGCAUCGGCGAAAUAAAACAAAGCAUAAAAUCAUCGGAUUGCGAUCAAAUCUUCAAGCCUCCUGGCCUUUCAUCGUCGACAAGGUUUUUGUAUUGCGAAUUCUUCAACCCCUCCAACCAAAGAAGUGGAAAGCCUGGGAUGUUGAGUGUGGGCGGAACUUUGUUCUUUAUAUUGGGUGUCUACGCUCUGGCUUGAGCCUAUGUGAUAACUGAUUCUUACUUGUAUUGCAGUCCUAUUCAUUUACCAAAUUUACACUAAUGGGUUCAAUUUUAGUGGGUUGAACUCUGUUAUGCUAUUGAGGUUUAUUACUCGAUAGUAUUUUUCAGAGAAAUGUCAAGUAGUCUUUUGGAUUUUCUUUCCUUUUCAUUUAUUGUUAUGAAGCACUGAUUCUUACAAAAGAAGAAGCCAUAUUGUGUCUAACAUGUAGCCAACAAUCACAUUAGACAUGACAUGACUAAAUCCUGUCUUAUGUCCUUUAUAUGUAUUCUUGCUCCUUGGAUCUCUAUAGCAACCUCUUGUUGUUACAAUCUGAGCUGGUUAAAUGGAAAAUUUGGGUUUCCAUUCCACCUUUAGCCUUGAAUUAAUGUGGCUUCUGAGGGUCAAGAACUUUUCCUUACUGUUUAGCAUGGAUCUUAAUGAUCUUAACAAGGUUUGGGAAAUUAAACCCCUCAAGAGAAUUGGAGAAGAUGAAGCAAGGAGGAUUCUUGAAAAGAUAGCUAAACAGGUGCAGCCUAUAAUGAGGAAAAGGAAAUGGAAAGUCAAAAUUCUUUCUGAAUUCUGUCCUGCCAAUCCAUCUCUUCAAGGUCUGAAUAUAGGACUGGGUGCAGAGGUAAAGCUAAGAUUGCGGCGGCCUGACCGUGAAUGGGAUUUCUUCCCUUAUGAGCAGAUUGUUGAUACUAUGCUACAUGAACUUUGCCAUAAUGAACAUGGUCCUCACAAUGCUCAGUUUUAUAACCUUUUGGAUGAAAUCAGGAAGGAAUGUGAAGAUCUGAUGGCCAAAGGGAUCAGUGGUACUGGGCAAGGAUUUGACCUUCCUGGGAGACGUUUGGGUGGAUUCUCCCGUCAACCACCUCUGCCAUCAGUUCGCCAGGCUGCAUUGGCUGCAGCUGAAAGCCGAGCACACCGUGGGGUUUUAUUGCCUUCUGGACCUCAGCGUUUAGGUGGUGACAACAGCAUUAAGUCAGCUUUGAGUCCAAUUCAAGCUGCUGCUAUGGCUGCAGAAAGGAGACUGCAUGAUGACAUAUGGUGUGGAUCAAAGUCUGCAGAUGGUGAAACACACGUUCAUGAGAAUAUGAGUUUGAUUGGACCUUCUGGGAGGCACAGAAUGUCCUUGAAUUCUGAUGAUAGUUCCAUUCAAUCUAAUGUGGGUGGAGAAACAGUAGAUGGUGGAGCAGAAUGGCAGUGCAAUACUUGCACCUUAUUAAAUGAGCCAAUUGCCCUUAUGUGUGAAGCCUGUGGAGCACAAAGGCUUGUCAAGUCCAAGAUGUGGUCUUGCAAAUUCUGUACACUUGAAAACAGGGUUGAGAUAGAUAGAUGCUUAGCUUGUGGAGAAUGGAGAUAUUCAUCUGGCCCACCAGUCUCAAUUCGUGGGCCAUACGUCGGAACCUGAGUCUGACUGGACCUAAGGAAAGAAGGUCAACCUAUGCAGGCUUCUUGGCAACUUAAUCACAUGCCCUUUGCAUGUACAUUAUUUUAGCAGUGAUACCCUUGUAUAUUGAAGAACUAUGUGAAUACAAAUAUGUUACACUGUAUAUUUCGGUGACUGAAGCUGUUGGUAGAACGUGGAAAUACAAUAAAUGCUUGUUUUCAAAUUAAAAUUUGUUUUA